AUGGUCUUCGCAUUGCAGAGCGCCGACGAUCCAGAAUCGAACGCGAUUUUAUCGUCAUGCCAAUGUAGAAAUCAAACAAUAAGAUGUGCAUCCAGCAUCCAUUCGAAUAUCGUUAGAAGCAAGAGUCCUGAUUUGCAGAAUAUUGUUGAAGAUAAAUCCUUUCCAGCAUUCCUUUUCGAUAAAUUCGAUUCAUUCGGCAGCAAACCAGCAAUGAUUGAUGGAAUCACUGGAAAGCAAUACACUUACCCACAACUGCAAGAAAUGGUAAUUAAAUUGGGCUCAGCGUUGACAAAGCUUGGCUUCAAGAAAGGAGAUGUGUGUGCUCUAUUUUGUCAUAAUAUUGCAGAAUAUCCUAUUUUGUAUCUGUCUGUAUUAUCUCUGGGUGGUAUAUGCACGUUAAUAUCUAGUAUGGCAACCGUCCCUGAGUUGAACUACCAGUUGAAAGACACAAAAGCUCAAUAUAUUUUCACGGUUCCUGCCUUUUCCCCUACUGCAAAAGAAGCAGCAAAGCAGUGUGGAUUAAAAGAAGUGAUUGUAGUUGGUGAGGCGGAGGGCUGUAGACCAAUCUCUAAGCUUUUUGAAGAUGAUGGGAAAGCAUUUCCAAACGAUGUUGUGAUCGACCCAAAAGAAGACGUGGCGGUAUUACCAUAUUCUAGUGGCACCACAGGCUUACCAAAAGGCGUUAUGUUAACUCAUUUCAACCUAUCUGUGAACAUACAGCAACUGGUUGACACGCCAGGGUGUUACGAUAUCACUUCUGAUGACAACAUAUUUGGUCUUGCACCGUUUUUCCACUUGCUGGGAUUUAAUAUUGUUUUAGGUCCUUCCCUUUACGCUGGGGCGACUGUAAUAAGUUUGCCACAAGCAGAACCAAAGGUGGUUCUAGAGACACUGCAAAAUUUCAAGAUUACGAAACUGGCUACAGUUCCUUCUCUGGUUUUAUUUUUCGCCAAAGACCCUAUUGUUGACAGUUACGAUAUAUCGUCUUUAAAUUAUAUUACGUGCGGAGGCGCACCUCUCUCAGAGGACGUUGAAAAUAUUUUCCAUGAGCGUCACGAAAGAAGGAGAAUUCGAAUAAACCAAGGUUACGGCCUGACAGAGACCAGUCCUGUCGUAACCAUUUCCUCAACAAAAGCUUGGCGAGGAGGAUCUUCUGGAGUCGUUGUCCCCAGUACUGAAGUUAAGGUGACCGAUUUAUACACUGGAGAAGCAGUGGGCGCAAAUAAGAAAGGUGAAAUCUGCAUCCGAGGUCCCCAAGUAAUGAAAGGAUACUACAACAAUCCUGAAGCAACAAGCGAAGCCAUCGACUCUGAUGGCUGGUUCCGUUCUGGUGAUAUCGGAUACUAUGAUUCUGAUGAGUUUUUCUAUAUCGUUGAUCGUUAUAAAGAACUAAUCAAAUACAAAGGUUACCAGGUUGCACCAGGGGAGCUCGAAGCGACGUUAAUUGCCCAUCCAAAAAUCCAAGAUGCCGCCGUUAUCGGUAUCCCUGAUGAAAAAUGCGGCGAACUUCCAAAAGCUUUCGUUGUCGCAAAAGAUGUAAGCGAAGAAGAAGUAUACGGUCAUAUGGAGAAGAACCUCGCUCCAUACAAAAAGCUUCGUGGUGGCAUAGAAUAUAUUGACGAGAUCCCAAAAUCAGCGAGUGGGAAAAUAUUAAGAAGAGUUUUAAAGGAGCGGGAUUUAUCGAAGUAGCCAGUUAAUAUGUGUAUUUCUCUGCCUAUGAGAUGUACCAACACACGUACAGCAACAUUUGCAUUAUUUAGAUAUCAUUAGUAAUAAUUAUGUUAAGCACAUUCCAGCAUAUUUUGAACCAUAUACUGAGCACCACUAUAUAGGGGUCCAUAUUUUGGCAUAUGCAAUCUUACCAAUGUCGAAUAUACCUUAAUCGGAUAUACUCAACCUUACCAAGGUCGAAUAUAAAACAUUCCGCUAUAAUCGACUUUCACUGUUUUUUAUUAAAGGAACACCAAAUGCAUGGUUUUCGGUGCAGGAUAGCAUGAUACUGCACGCGCGGGAUAUUGCGAGACUUUCGGAAAGCGUUAAAAAGCACGAGCCGUGUCUUGGUCUUGCUUUUUUUUUUUGUUAGACCCUAAAAAGUCCUGACCACAUCCGAGUUUCCCU